AUGGGGUCGGAACUGAUUUUUUGGAAACAUCGUUUGCUCCUGUCUCUGAUAGUUUUCAGCAUUGCUACUUCCAAAGUCCAUUAUGGACUUGCUGCUCCAGUUCCAAAUCACGGCGGUUUGUCUAAGAUGAUCCCCAGAGGCAGCCACUGGGCGGUGGGACACUUGAUGGGGAAAAAGAGUAUAGAUGAUACUCUUUAUGGCUAUGCCAAUGGAGACAGCAUGAUAUAUCCAGUUCUGUCAGGAGUUGCUAAGCAGCCAGAUGACAGCUUGCAGUUGACCGAAGUGGCCAAGAAUUUCUUAAAUUUGUGGGAAGAAACCUUGUCAACAGGCAUUCAGAAAUCAAGAGAAGACAUUCCAGUACUUAACAAGAAAACACAGCAGACAGCUGACUACAACUUCAAAGAGAUGGUGGACUAUCUUCUACAGUUUAUGAACGUGAAGGACGAAACCCCAAGCUGA